AUGACUGACCAAGGAUCUGUAAACGCUGCUGUAUAUAACCGAUAUUCCGAUAUUAGUGAAUCAGUACGUAUAUUUGCCACAGGGAGUACGUGGGGACGUUGUCAACAUACGGACUGGGAUGCUUGCGAACUGGCACGACUUCAAGAGCUUAACGAAGCUCGACAACGAGCAGCGCAAAUGGAGAAGACGAUGCGCUGGUGGUCAGAAUGUACUGCAUCAUGGCGGCAGAAAUGGAGUACGGUACGAAACGAACGAAACCGAGCUCGUGAAGAGGGACAUUCGUUGCGUGUAGCACUCACGGAAGCCAAGGAAGAGAACAAGAAAUUAUUAAGUAUGAAACGAGCUGUGGAAGCUGAAAAUUCACGUAUGAAAGCUCACAUACAUUUAUUGCAAAAAGAACGAAUAGCCAGCCGAAUGCCACUAGAAGUGGAUUCUCCGCCAGAGACACCAUCAGUAACGGUUGACGAAGAGUGCCAGGCACGACCGGAUUACAUGCAUGCCUCAGCAAUGACCGAUCAACAGUUCGAUAUGAGCUUUUCACGAUGGAUGCGUUUGGAUGGAUCACAGGGAAAGCUAUUCGAGAGUAUGCGGAGAUUGGAAAAUCGAUGCAGUGAACUGCAAACUGAAUUAAUGAUGAUGGAAGCUAAAUGUACUGAACUUGAAGCUUCUCGUGUAGCUGCGAAAGAGGAGAUUGAGGAGUUAAAACGCUUUCAAGAACAAACAUCCUUCAACAGUGGCACAACUUCACAGAAGGAUGCAAGAGAAAUUGAAGCGAUAAAAUCGGAACGAGAUGAGGCAUUAAGUGAAGUUCAAACACUGAAGAUGGAAAAGGAAUACCUGAUGCAACAACUUAAAAUGUUGAAGAUCACGAUGGAGGAGAGUGAGCCAGAACCACCUAGGCCCAUCUGA